UCAACCCAGCUCGCCCAGCUCCCCCCUCACCUCCCUUCCUCCCCCUUCCCCUUCUCCUUUCCCUCCCCUCUUCCCCUCCGCCCUCCCUCUCCUGGUCCGAGGCUUCUCCUUUAUCCUGCCCCCCACCCACCCAUGGAGCCUCAGAAUCCCCCCCCAACAAGAGCCCUCUCCCUCUGUUCCCCAGCCUCCUCCCAAACACCCACCCCAGCCGGACCAGCCCCUCACUCCAUUCCCCAAGCCCCCCCAGCCCCCCCGGCUCCCCAAGCCCCCCCAGGUCCCAGCCUCUGACUAGGGGAGGGAAGAUCCGCACCAAGAGCCACAGUCCACCCUCUCCGCCCGCCUUGGUCUGUGCCCCUGUGGGGCUCCGGUCACUCUUGGAUGGCUCCGGUCACUCGGCUGAUUGGAGAGGCCUGCUUGGGGACCCGCUUCCCCCACCCAUCAAUGAGGGGGGGAGGGACCGGACUAUGAAAAGAGGCCGAGACCCCCGGGCUGAGCCGGAGGGAGCGAGGCAGAGGACGGCGAUGGAGCAGGAGCGGUUUUGCUGGGAUGCUCAAAACCCGCAGGAGGUGCCGACGGGGGCGGAGCCCCGACUCCUGGCCUUGGACAGCUUCUUCCCCUUGGACCUCCGCCUGGAACCGGGCCCGGGACCCCUCACCUGGCCUGAGUCCUGCGUGCAGCCCGAUACGGGGGAGUCCCUGCACCCGGGAGCAGGGCUGAAAGAUCCUGCCUCUCUGGGGCUCCCGUGGUCAGGGGAUUGGGUCGAUUGGCGAUGGCCCUGCCAGUCCUCGUGGGGCCCCCAGCCCGGCCACGCAGGGCCUCCACCCUGCCGGGGCCCCGCAGGCAGCCGGGCCCGGACCCCCACUUCCAGCUUUCCCACCUUCCCGGACUGGAUGACCGUUUCGGACGGUACCACCUGCUGGGAGGGGGUGGGGGCCUCGGCCUAUGCCAUCUCUGUGGACUGUGCCACUGUCCCGGACGGUACCACCUGCUGGGAGGGGAUCGAGCCCUCGGCCUAUACCGUCUCAGUGGAUUGUGCCACCGUCCCCGACGGGGUCACCUGCUGGGAGGGGCCUCCCCUAACGGGCUGUGCCACUCCCUUGGACCGCGUCACCACCCCCGACGGCCCCGCCUGCUGGGAGGGGACCCCCUCGUCGGGCUAUGCCACCCCUCCGGGCUGUGCCACUAGCCCUGGCGGUGCCAUCUGCUGGGAGGGGACGCCCCCCUCCUGCUAUCCCGCUCCCCUGGACUGUGCCACCGUCCCGGCCGGGGCCACGUGCUGGGAGGGGACCCCGGCCUCGGGCUAUACCACCUGCCUGGACUUUGCCCCCGCUCUGGACGGUAGCCCUGGCUGGGAAGGUGCCAGUCCCUCGAGAACGGCCGCCCGGCCGGACCGCACCACCUCACCGGCCGGGAGCAAGUGCGCGGCCUGCACCCCUCCGUCCCGCAGCCCGAGGACCAGGCCCCGAGGCCCCAUCCAGCUGUGGCAGUUCCUCCUCGAGCUGCUGCGGGACCGGGCCGGCCACGGCUGCAUCCGCUGGACGGGGAACAGCCGCGAGUUCCAGCUGUGCGACCCCAAGGAGGUGGCCCGCCUGUGGGGCGAGCGGAAGAAGAAGCCGGGCAUGAAUUACGAGAAACUGAGCCGGGGCCUGCGCUACUAUUACCGCCGGGACAUCGUGCUCAAGAGCGGGGGCCAGAAAUAUACCUACCGCUUCGGGGGCCGCGUGCCCGGCCUGGCCUAGUCUAGCUGGCCGGAGCCGGGGCCGGGGGCUGAGGCUGGGCCUAGGAUAAAGCGUUUUCAGCACCUCG